CGGAAUCUCUUCCGGUCUGACGUCCUCUGCGGCGGCGCGUGAGAGCCCCAGUGAGCGAGCCACCGGGGCCGGAGUGAGAGAGUGAGUGAGAGAGAGAGAGAGAGAGAGAGAGAGAGCGGCCGCGGAGGGAAGACGGGACGGGGCAGCGCGCAAGCGACUACCGGAGGGGGGCUCAGGCCUGGGGCCGGCGAAACGGGGAGAAGAAGGAGGACCUGAAGGACGGAAGGUGGAUCAGCAACAUCGUCCCAGAAAAAACGUACUUUCUUUCUCAUCCGCGUUCAUUUCUAAAUGCAUCGCUAAGUAGCCGGGUCUGGAUCCGAUGAUGCCGUCCAACGCUGCCGCUCCCACCCCCGAGUUCAAAACGUCUGACGUGGACUGUGACGCAGCGACGAAGAAAACGAGUUCAGAGCAGGAACAGGAAGUGUGUGAGAUCAUGCAGGAAGAGGCUGUCGUGGACGCUCCGGCUCGCAGAGUUGGGCGACCUGCUCGCAAGCGCAAACCCCCUACGGACCACCAGGGGUACUAUGGAGUAGAGGCCAUCAGCAGAAUGCUUAGAAUGAGCCAGGUGGACAGCUGUGAGUCUCUGAAAGAGGCCUGCGUGAAGGAGGCGGAGUGUAACGGUGAGAACGAGAACGGGGUUUCCCAAGGUGCUCUGCAGGGGCAUGACUCUUCCUCUGACUCCUCCCACCAGAACGGCUCGGACAAGGCGGACCAGGAAGAAAACUCUGCCCCCUCCACACCGCGGAAAAAACGUGGGCGGCGGAAACUCAAGCACCCAGAAAAACAUGUGGAUGAGGAUGGCAGCAGCAGCAGCAGCGAUACCAGUAGAGGAGAGGGCGACAGUGGACGGAUGCGGACUCGUGAAGGCAGAGACAUCAGCCUCCGGCGCAGACCAGUACCUCGAAUCACCUUCCAGGCUGGAGACCCUUUUCACAUGAGCAAGAGAGAGAGAGAGGAGAUGCUUGCCCAAUGGAAAAAAGAGGAAGAGAAGAAGGCUCACCUGACGCCACUCACGAACGACGCCAUGGCUGACCAAUCAGAAGACGACACCCCGAGAAACGAAGAGCAGCUGGUGGUCAGCAGUGUCCCACCCACUCCUGCACCUCAGACUCCACCCCCACAGCAGCAACACACAGACCCCGCUUCACCCACGGUCGCCACGACGCCUGAGCCCGCCCCCGUCCCUGUUGCUUGCGGCAACAAAGAUCUGCGCAAGUCGGCCGAGGCAGAGCAAGAAUAUGACGACGGGCGUGGCUUUGGGAUUGGGGAACUCGUCUGGGGGAAGCUGCGCGGGUUCUCCUGGUGGCCCGGACGCAUCGUCUCCUGGUGGAUGACGGGACGCAGUCGAGCUGCAGAGGGAACCAGAUGGGUCAUGUGGUUCGGCGAUGGAAAAUUCUCAGUGGUCUGCGUGGAAAAGCUGUUGCCUUUGAGUUCAUUUUCUACUGCCUUUCAUCAACCUACCUACAGCAAACAGCCCAUGUACAGAAAAGCUAUCUACGAGGUGCUACAGACGGCCAGUACACGGGCAGGGAAGCCGUUUCCAGUGUGCAUGUCGACUGAUGACUCUGACACGGGGAAGAGUGUAGAGUUGCAGACCAGAAAAAUGAUCGAGUGGGCGAGUGGAGGAUUUCUGCCUACUGGGGCCAAAGGACUGGAGCCACCACCUGCUGAGCGAAAUCCCUACACUGAAGUGUAUCCUGAAAUGUGGGUGGAGCCAGAAGCUGCAGCGUACACAGCUCCUCCCACCAAGAAGCCCAGAAAGAACAGUUUGGAGAAACCUAAAAUUAAAGAGAUUAUAGAUGAAGGGACCAGAGAGAGGCUGCUGUACGAGGUACGCCAGAAGUGCAGGAAUAUCGAAGAUAUAUGUAUAUCCUGUGGAAGUCUGAAUGUGUCAAUCGAGCAUCCUCUCUUCAUCGGAGCCAUGUGCCAGAGCUGCAAGAACUGUUUCCUGGAGUGUGCGUAUCAGUACGACGAUGAUGGCUACCAGUCCUACUGCACCAUCUGCUGUGGAGGGAGAGAGGUGCUGAUGUGUGGGAACAACAACUGCUGCAGGUGCUUCUGUGUGGAGUGUGUAGAUCUGCUGGUUGGUACGGGCUCAGCACAGGCUGCUAUCAAUGAGGACCCCUGGAACUGUUACAUGUGCAGUAAUAAAGGUGUGUUCGGAAUUCUACGGCGCAGAGACGACUGGACGUCACGCCUCCAGCUGUUUUUUGCGAACAACCACGACCAGGACUUUGAUCCUCCAAAGAUUUACACACCUGUAGCGGCAGAGAAAAGGCAACCAAUCAGAGUGCUGUCUCUGUUCGACGGCAUUGCUACAGGUCUAUUGGUGCUAAAGGACCUGGGCAUUCAGGUGGAGCGCUACGUGGCUUCCGAAGUGUGUGAGGACUCCAUUACGGUGGGGAUGGUGAGACACCAGGGCCGGAUCAUGUACGUGGGUGACGUCCGCAACGUAACACACAAACAUAUUCAAGAGUGGGGGCCCUUUGACCUAGUGAUAGGUGGAAGCCCCUGCAAUGAUCUUUCCAUCGUCAACCCAGCCAGGAAAGGACUCUUUGAGGGCACCGGGCGGCUGUUUUUCGAGUUUUACCGCCUGCUACACGAGGCUCGACCUAAGGAAGGAGACGAGCGGCCGUUCUUCUGGCUCUUCGAGAACGUUGUGGCCAUGGGAGUCAGCGACAAGAGAGACAUCUCACGCUUUCUUGAGUGCAACCCAGUGAUGAUCGACGCCAAGGAGGUGUCUGCUGCCCACCGCGCUCGCUACUUCUGGGGCAACCUGCCUGGCAUGAACAGGCCGUUAACUGCCAUGGUAAACGACAGGCUCGACCUGCAGGACUGUCUGGAACAUGGACGCACAGCCAAGGUCGGUGAAUUUGAUAAGCUGAGAACCAUCACCACUCGUUCCAACUCAAUAAAGCAGGGCAAAGACCAGCACUUCCCUGUCUACAUGAAUAACAAGGAGGACAUCCUCUGGUGCACUGAGAUGGAAAGGGUGUUUGGAUUUCCUGUCCACUACACGGACGUGUCCAACAUGAGUCGUCUGGCCAGGCAAAGACUCCUGGGAAGGUCGUGGAGCGUCCCGGUGAUCCGGCACCUGUUCGCGCCGCUGAAGGAAUACUUCGCCUGUUACUGAAUCCCCGCCCCUCCGAGUCACACCGUGCCAUCCCACGACUCGCUCCGCCCUUCAUUUGCAUAGCUACCAAGCCCCACCCCCUUUUACAUUUGUUUGGUAGUUGCCUGACGACUUACUGGUGCUAUUCAACUAAGGAAAAAAAAACCGAAACCAUGGCUCAUCCAUUUACACGACUCGAUUUUACAUGUCAGCUAUUUAUUGAAGACUACAUUACAAUAUUUUUUGUUUGUUUUACAGACUUUUUAAGUCAUUUACAACAUCAGAAUGAUUUCAUCUGUGAUCACAGCUUCUCUGAUGAAAGAGAGACAUGCUUGCAUGAGCGCGUGGAUGUGAGGGUGUGCGUUGGUGUCUAUAACUGUGUGUGUGUGUGUGUGUGUGUGUGUGUGUGAGAGGGAGAAAGAGAGAGAUAGUGGUUGGUCGUCUCUUUGAGCACAAAGCAGAUUUGAGGGUCACGGCAUCUUCGAAAAACUAAACCUACACACACCGUCCUGGUGUCAUUUACAUCUUUUACCUGUAGUCAAAUGGUGCAAACAUACACACACACAUACAAAACACACACACACAAACCAGCUGAUACACUGUUUACAGUUAUGUCAUGGUACUACACAACUACACAACUCCUGUACAGCGCAAAUGCUGAUUCAACUACGGUGCUCUCUCUCUCUCUCUCGCUCGCUCUCUCUCUCCCUCUCUCUCUUUUUCUUUCUUUUUUGCUCUGAAGCUCCUCCCCAAAUCCCCUUUUUUCCUUCUCCCUCUUUUCCUUAUUCUCGUUUGGCCUUCUUACUCACCUGCGUGCUUCCCCCCCCCUUUUCUUUCUCCCUCGUUUCUGUCUAUCCUAUCGUUUUCGUUCUCUUUCUCCGAGUUCUUGCAAUCUCCCCUUCUUUUCCGUCCGUUUCUCAUUUUCUUUUAGUCUCCUCUGUCUGUCUCUCGCUCUCUGUCGGCAAUACUGAUGCACAGCCACACUUGAGGCCUUACUUCUGGGGCACAUGGUGACUGACUUACACACACACACACACACACACACACACACACACACAGGAUCUGAAUUGUUGUUGAGUGGUUGGAAGUUUUCUACAUUACAAGCAGAUACAGCUAAAUCUUCUGAAAGAUGUCUGGAGAGAAAGAUUUGUAUUGACACACACACACACACACACUUCUCAGAGAGGUGCUGCGCUUCCAAGCCCUGCAGGGGGCAGCGGCAAAAUAGAAACAAAUCGAUCCUUCCACAAAGCACUGUGGUGAUGCUAGCGACCACCAGCGGAACUCAUUUCUACUGUAAACCACAAGGUCUCGUCCGACUCCGCCAUUUUUACUGUACUGGUGUCAGUGUGCGAGUGUGUGUGGGGUGUGUGUAUGUGUGGGUGUGUGGAGAAAUGUUCUCCAACGCCUCAACAUGCUUUGCUUUAUGUCUGACUGAGGAAACUAUCAGAAAUCUCUCCGGGGUGCUUUCUUCUCUUCAUUUUUUAUUUGCUUUCCUGCCUGGUUCCUGGCUCAGGCUAGCAUUAAGCCUGUAUGUUAAUUACUGUUUUUAUUUAAUUGAGGGGUGCUUCCACCAAUGUUUCAGAACCUUUUGAGGAACUGAAAUUGUUGGAGAACCAGUUCCUGGUCAUAAUUCUGGUUUAAAUCGUGACUAAAAUCUGCCCUCGUUCCUCUCAUAGAAAUGUGCCUGAAGUUUUUGAGUUCCUAAAAUGUUCUUGGGUUCCUGUGGUGGAAACACGCCCGACGUUUCUAAAAAGGUUUCUGCAGUGGGAAGAGUAUAGUUCCUCAAAGGUUCCAAAAGUGAAACUUCCUCGAUUGCUAAAAAGCUUCAUGAAAAGGGUUCACACGAUAGGCAGGCAUCUCAAUUCCUGGGUUCCUGAAAAUCUUUCUGCAUUAGAAACACACUUCAUAUAGUUCUUAAAAAGGUUCCUGAGAUAAAAACAGCACCUGACAUUUGGUUCCUAGAGGACGCGUCCAGGUUCCCUGAGAAUCCGAAACCCAACUAAACUUCCUGAGUUCUUGAAGAGAUUCCUUAGGUUCCUGCAGUGGAAGGUUAAUCUCCAGUUCUGGAUGUCGCUGUCCAGAUUUUGGUUCUUCUUUGAUCCAUUUCUGUCCUCCCAGGGGAUUCUGGGAUAGUGGCCUCUGCUGUGUGAUGUUGUAAUACCUGGUCACAUGGUGCUCCCAGAAUUCCUUUCGUUUUGGUGGGCGUGGCCUCUCGUGAUGUGUAGGUGCUUAACAAUGUGCACACACCUUUCCAGUUAUUGAUUCAAAUGAUAUCUGGAUUACUGUAUUCUCUCCACGCCGUUGUCGGAUCAUUCGGAUACGGAGCGACAUUUCUGGUGCUUACAGAAACUUCCCCGGGGAAGCCGGGAUGAUCCGGUGGGCGUGGCCUCUCGUGGUGUGUUGGUGCUCAACAGUGUGCACUCACCUUCCAAUUAUCGGUCUGGAUAAUCGGAUAAUGGUUUACUGUAUUCUCCUCGUGCUGUUGUACACAUCAUUCAGACCAGAGGUUAAACAGGACAUUCUGGCGCUUUCUCUGGAUCUUUCUUUUCUUUUCUUUAAAAAAAAAAUAAAAUUCCCCCCGGCUUCCCAGAUUUUCAAGGGUGUCUUUGUGAAGUAUAAAUAAGAGAGGCUAAUCUCUCUGGCCUGUUUGAAAGGCAGACUGUAAAGAACUUUCAAGGCCACUUUCCAAACGCAGAUUAUCCACACGGUCCUUUUAGCAGUGCCGGUCCUCGCUUUUCCUGAACGCCCGGAUUCAAAAUCCAUCCCAUUCAAACACCAUUCACAUCCAUCCUCAAGCACACGAACAGUGUGUUCCUUAUCAGAGUCUCCUCUGCUGUGGUGCUGUCUGACUGUGAAUAAACGCCUAGCCUUCAGUAGCUAAUUUAGCUAGUGUUCACAACCACUACUGACUGCUCAUGACGAUAAAUAAUAUAUACUGGAUAUUGGUAGGUUUGCUCAGCUAGCUUCUGUAUAAAGAGGCUGACCACCCAUCAAAGGCUUCUUAUCGUAUCUAGCUAAGAUUCACUUCAUUAGAAGACGCCAUGCUGUGAACUGUUCCGAAUCCGGUAAACAGUGCGUGUACAUCCGAGUGCAAAGAAUUGCAGGAUUCUGAAGCUCAUAAGUUGGACUUUAGGGUGCUAGAUUUAACUUGAAGAAGCGUAACCUUUAUGACUAAUAAGCUAAUGUUAGCUUCCCAUUAGCUUGAUACCAGUGGUAGCUAUCAAACAGUUGGAAGCACAACUUUGGACAUUUGUGAAACCAAAAAAUUUUCUGGAAACCCGGUGUGCCGUCCCUCAUCUUUCUGCGUAGGCGAGGACCGGCACUGUCCAUAACUGAUCAUAAUGCGUGUUCAGGAAUGUGGCCCUCAUCUACGAAUGAACAUCCAGACAGCUCAAGCCCGGAAACUAAGCUAAGCUAAGCAAAGCCUGGCUUUCGGAAGAUGCAUUAGCCGCUCAACAUGUCAAAUAAAACUCAGGCCCACAUGCAUUAUUUCCAGACUCACUUCCUGUGCGGCCAAGACAGGACUUCGUUCAGCAGAGUUCGGCGGUAAAACAACUGUACAUAGAUAUGUUUGCCUUUUUUUUUUUAGCAUUCGAUCAUGUUUUGUGCUCCGGGUGUGUUUCUUGAUCCGUGUAGGCUAAUUUCGGUGUGAUCCUAGGCUGUGUUAGCGUAGCUGUUGUGAUUAGGAGACUGGCCAAAGGGGGAGCUUGAUUAUAAUAAGCUGAAAGGGCAGUGGUGGUGGUGCUGGUGAUGAUGAUGAUGAUGAUGCGUAAGAGAGGGGCGUGUCAAUCUGCUAUCACGUCCCAAACUAAUUUUUUUCUUUUUCCUCUUUCUUUACGUAUUUAUGAAUUGUCUCAAAUGAGAAGAGGAUGAAUUUAAAAGCCACCCAAUAACCAGUUGACAGCUUUAAAGGUGGAGAUCCUUUACCAUGUUAUUUUAAGAUUCAAAUCUUUGAAGAGCGUGUGAGUGAAGGCAUUUCAAAAUGAAUAAAUAAAUAAAUAAAUAAAUAAGGUGCUAUACAAUUUAUUCUUAAAUGAUUUAAAAAAAAAAAAAAGUUAAAUAAAUAAAUACAUUAAAUAAAUAAGUGAAAUAUAUUGUUGGAAAUUAAAAGAUUGACUGGUCUUGACAAUGACUGUUUUUACGUUGUUGUAGUAACGGAUUUACUAUUAUUUUACUCUUUUAUGAAUAUAUUAACAAAUGCAUUUUAACUUUGUACUUGAUGAUGAUGAUGUAGAAAAAAAAAAGAAUAAAAUAGAGAAAUUUCAUGUGUUUUAGCCUAGACAUCACUGUAGUAUGAUUGUCUCGAUGAGGAGGUCAUUCUGUUAUUACUGGACCCGAGCUCCAUCCUGAAGGUUCUGUGCACUGAUACGUAACUCGCUUUAUCCUUGGCAACAAACUCGACAUUACCCAACAUUCCUUGCUACAUGCUUUCGUUGAAUCUGACCGAAAUGUUUUUCUUCAUAUAUAUAUAUAUAUAUAUAUAUAUAUAUAUAUAUAUAUAUAUAUAUAUAUAUAUAUAUAUA